AUGUGCACCAUUCUCUCACAGAUGGGCGAGCACGACUCGGCGCUCUCGCACGCACAGGCUGCACUGGGCUGCAUCCAACGGGCCUACGAGGCCUUUUCCCCACUCGACAUUACCGCCCGUGCUGGCUGGGACGCGUUUGCGGCCGACAUGGAUCCGACGCGAUGGCUGCCGGCGACAGCACCGCCGUCGAACGCGUCGACGCUCAACGUGGCCGCCAUCGCUCUCUACAACAUCGGGGUCGAGUACGAGUACCUUGGCCGACUCGAGGCUGCGCAGUCGUCUUACGCGCUUGGAGCUGCACUUGCGCGGCAUCCCUUUGGUAUCAAGGCACCGGUGCUCGAUCAGCUACAGAGUGCGCUGGAGGAUGUCAAGGCAACGGCGGCAGCAGCAGCGGCCGCGCGGCGUGUCCGAGCUCACUCGGGCCUCUCGUCACGGCGGGGAAUGCGAAACACUGCGCGGCCGUCGUCAGCGGCGUCGUCACUGUCAUCGACCUCGACGCGUCCGUCUUCCUCGGCACGCGCAGCACGUGCGCGGCGGCCAACGUCGGCCACGCGGACGCCGAAGCCACUGCUGCACAACCCGCUACAGAUGAAUGCCCAGGCCAACGCGGCGGCUCCGUCGCCGUACAAGGUUGACCUGGUCCGCGAGUACCAGGCCGCCGUGGAGCGACCGCGAUCACGGUCGGCUGCGCGGGGUGAUGACUCACGCCCGCUGGGCUACUCGCGACCAGCAAGUCACGAGGCCAACGAUCGGCGCUCGAGCUCGCAGGCAAGGGCGAGGCCGAGACCACAUUCGCGACCGCGGCCGGCGGCACGCCUCGACCCGAUCCGACCGGCAACACAGCCGGUUUCGCCGAGUGUUCUCCACGAUGACGAGCUCUCGCCGCGGUCUCGUGCGAUGCUGGAGCGGGCGAUGGCGCUGUCAACCGACUCGGACGAUGAGACGACACGAUCGGCGGCGUCGCGGAUGACACUUGAGGGAUACUCGGCGUGGUGCGAGCGGUAUGCUGACCAGAUCCAGGCCUCGCUGGCCAACGGCAAACCCGAGAGUGAUGACGGCGACUCGGUCAUGUCGGGUGCGUUUUCGUUCUUACCGGAAGAUGUGCUCGUUGCCUCGCACAACUCGGAACGGCCGAUUGUGUUCUCGAUUGCUCGCUCGGGUGCUCCCUACAACUUUCUGGCAACACCUGCUCGAUCGAGUGGUCACGACGAGAAGAGCCGGGAGAGCGGCUCUGAUGCCAAGCCGUUGUCAUCAUCAGCCGAGGCGUCGGGGCGGGGCGCCAAGCCCAAGAGCAUCAUGAAGCGGACCAAGUCCAGGAGCGGUAGCAAGCGCAAGGGACAACCAGCCUUUGACCGAAAGCACUCGCGGACGACAUCGUUUGCACCGUCGACCGGGACCGAGGUGCUCGACUCUGGACGGACACCGCACGUCAUCAAGCGGCACUUUCUGUCGAUCUCGGACUUUGUGCCACCCGCGGUGAUGCGGCAAGACCAGAUGCGGCAAAAGAAGGAAGAGCAUGAGCAGCUGAACGAACAGAGCCGGAUGGAGGAGCUGGUAUCGUCGGCCACACUCGAGCUUCACAUCCUGUACAUGCAGUGCCGCGACCUGAUGCCGCGGUCGGGGACGCAGACAAGCACAUCGCCGCUCCUCCUCCUCACCGUGUCGGAAGACCGGGUCCGUGAUGAGACCGAGGUCCGCAAGGGCACGCUUGACCCGAUGUGGCCAGAGCCGCGGGUGUACACCCGCAUCUCACCCAAGGAUACACUCAGUAUCGAGGUUGUCGACUGGGACGCGGCCGACGAGGCGUCGAUGUCGCUGGGUGUGAUCUCGCUGGCCAUGUCGGACAUUGAGACCGACGUCCAGCACGACCUCUGGCUCCCGCUUGUUGGCUCCGAGACCGGGCUCCUUCACAUUGUGCUCGCGCUCACGACGCCUGACGCACCGGCGUCGGUCCUCUCACGCGAUAAGCUCACUGCCAAUUUUAACGUCAAGGCCGAUCCGGUGCCCAUCGACAUUUGCCUUGUCGGCGCCAAGGCGCUCGACCCGGACGGGCGUGUUGCUGCGGCCGUCGCCUCGCACACCCAGGCGGUGUGGCGUGACUCUGAGGCUAGCGAGGAGGGAGACAAGACCAUGACUCGGCAGGCAUCUCUCUCAACCAUGUCUGUUGGCUCGCCGGAGCUGCAGGCAGUGGUCAAGGGCUUGGCGGCUACCAUCAACCCUUCUGUCGAGCUCAUUCUGGCCAACCAGAUCUUCUGCACGCCGACGGCGAGCAAGACGGUUGCGCCGACGUGGAACACCAAAUUCCUCUCGGACAACGUGCCGCCGACCGAGAAGAUCGAGAUCAACUGCUACAACUGGCAGACAGUCAAGGAGGGCCCACGCGCUGGCUCCAUUGAGCCUGUACUCUUUGGCCACGCCUUUGUGGCGCUACAGCAGCUGAAGCGCAACACGGUCAACGAUAUCUGGGUUCCUGUUAUGACCCCGAUGCGCGGCUCGUCAUCAUCGUCGGGCGUUCGCGGUGAGGUCCGGCUGCAGAUCACGUUUCCGCGGACAGCCUCGCUCUCGGCCGCGCUCACAUCGGGUGGCUCGGGCGACAAUAUGUUUGCGACUAACAAGACUCAUGUGCUCUCUGCGUCGUCGCACGAUCUGGUGGCGGCACGAAUCCAAGCCCAGGUCCUGAUGCGCGAUGGCGCAGCGCCGCAGCGGCGAAGUGACGGCGGCUCGGGCACCGAGUCGGGCUUCCAGCCACCGACACGAGUGGCGUUCAAGUCUGUGCCGAACUUUAACAGGCUCGGCCGGCGAAAGGGAAGCAAGGCACUUGCCCGCGAGGAGGAGCAGCGGCAGCAGAUCCUUCUCAAGCAGCAGGAGGAGCGCAAGCGCCAGGCCACCAAAGCUCGCGCCAAGCGCAUGGCGGCGGUCCUGGUUAUGCAGGCGCACUUGCGCGGCAUGGCUGCGCGGAGCAAGAUGUAUGCGCUCGGCAGCCGCGAGACCAACCGCUCCGAAUCUAGCGAGUGGUCGGGCGAGUGGUCGUACGAGGAGGUCUCUAUUGACAAUUGGACGCCGAUGGCCGAACUCUCGGACUCGGCCUCGCUCUCGUCGUCGUCGUUUUUGUCAGACGCACCGGUUGCAGGCGCGGACUUGUCGGGCUCGUACUCGGAAAGUGGAAGCGCCAGCGGAAGCGCCAGCGGAAGCGCCAGCGAGAGCAAGGGCGAGAGUCAGAGCGGAUCCGAGGCUGCCUCGGCACUAGGCUCCAAGUCUGCCGUGCUUCCGAGCCGACCUGGCGCACCCGCACCACAUGCAGUCUCACCGCUUGAUGCUGAGGAGGCUGCGGCGACUCGGAUUCAGGCGUCGUGGAGGGGCCACCGCGGGCGGAAACAAGCGCGGGCGCGACGGCUAGUUGGAGGCGGCAAGCAGAGCGCGGGCACAGGCUCAAACGCGGGUUCGGGCCUCCGCCUCGACGUCGGCGCGGGCAAUGCGUCGGCCGAAGAGCAGGCUGCGGCACUGGCCAUCCAGGCGCGGUAUCGCGGGUUUAAGGCGCGGCAGCGGACACGCGCGGCGCGACUCGAUGUUCCUGUCGACGGAUUUGGACCGGUGUCUGCGCCAGGGAGUGGACUCAUCUGUGCUGUCGUUGUCUCGUAUCCGCCGCUGCCGGCGGAGCAGCUCGUCGAAUACGCAUCGUUUGCCGUUGAGUACGAGCGCAUUGUCCGUCACGCGCUCGCGCUGCACGUCCCUGGCUUCCUGGUCACCGACUGGAACGAGGCCGUGGGCCUCUUUGCUUCGCCAUGGGCCGGCGUUGCGGCUGGUGCCGAAAUUGCUGCGCAGCUCCGCGAGGCGUCGAUUGAUCUCGAGCUCAUCGAGCCAUUGAUGGCGAGCGUAGGCGUGUAUUGGGGCGACAAGGCGUUUUUCGCCGACACCACGCUUCCAGGAGUCACACGGUUUUUCGGCCGUGGCCCACUUGUGCACGGACCCGGCAUGGUUGCGGCGAGGCAGCUGGCCGGCGUGGCAGAGCUUGGGCAAGUUGUUGUGUCAGGCAGCGUCGUUGCAGCGUACCGCGACGCGAUCGACCGUCAGCCGACAGCAGAGCUCGCGCGCGAGCACCCGUUCCUGGCGACGAGUCCCGAAUUUGAGGAGAAGCAGUCUGCGCUGCUGGGUGCCGAGAGCGCGAGCUAUGGCGUUCUGCUCUCGAUUCCGGACAAGGUGCGACCCGAGACCCAGCUGGGCAUUCCACAGUCACCGGCGCCGAGCUCGGGGACGGGCGAGCUCGCGAGCUUGCGGAUGGUGAGCUCACGAUGGGUUGCGGCGGGAUCGGACGCUCGCGAGCGGGCCCGGGCCAAAGCGCGGUGGGCGGCGACACCGUUUGUGUGUGAGGAGACGUUUGCAGUUUGUGUCGGCGUCGACACAGACAAGCUGGUGAGCUCUGCGUCGCCGACAGUGGCCAGUGAUGCGUGGCAUGUGCUCUCGUCACAGGUCCAGUCGACGCUCGUGGCUGCCGGCGGGUCGCUCAUCCGGCCGACGACGGCGGUGUUUGCUACUGCCGAGGCCGCAGUCUCUGCAGGCUGGCAAGUCGGUCAUUUGUUUGAUGAGAUGGUGCGCGCGAUUGAGUUGCAUGGUGCAGGCGAGGCGAGCCCAGGCGCCGAGACGAGCGACUCGAGCUCUGCGCUCCAGCGGAUGCACGACUCGCUAGCGAGAGCAGUGAGCAAGGCGAACACGAUGUCAGCGCGGUCAGGUGCCGGGGCCAAGGCGCUGCUCGACGCGACAUGCGCGGUGGGUGUGGUUUCUGGCUCGACGGUGAGGGCGGCGUCGGCCGGUCUUGUGUGGGGUCCGGCAGUAUGGAUGGCGUGUGCAGUGGCGCAUCACCACCCGCGCAAGGAGAUCAGGGAUCGGAUCGAGUGGCAAGUACCUGUUGUGCUCGGCGCUCAAGUCGCCGCGAGAGUGGGCAAGGCCGCCACCGACGCGCUCUCUGUCUUUGCUCCGCUGGCACUCGUCGAGGAUACGCUGCUCGGUGGAGUGGUUCACACCACGGUUGUACCGGAAGAGGUGUCGCUUGUGGCAAUGGACCCAGCACUAGGCAGCGGAACAGGCGAGGUGAAUCUGCAAGUUGCACUUGUCAAUGGCUCACUCAAGGGAGCCAAGGAAGAAGUUGUGCAGAUGGGCAACGCAGUUUUUCUGGCCUCACCGCACACGGUCGUCUUUGCCGUCUUACACUCUGACGCACGGCUGGGCAACAAGUCCCGGGUGGUUCUGCACGCGGCGCAGGUGGUCAAGAUGCGUGAAAUUCUCGGCCCGGUGUGGGCAGCCUACGACUCGACGGCUGCGCUUGAGAACGAGCGGCUUUCGAUGGCGGUGUUCUCGUCGCCUCCGCUGGCGCUUGCCGCAGCGCUGGAGGCGUCCAAGCUGGUCUCGCAGUUCAACCUCAAGACCCGUAAGGCGGACGACUUUGAGCUUGUGGUCGGCAUUGGGGUUGCCGCGGGCGAGGGGUUGGUCUGCUCGUUUGACGAGGUGCUAGUCGCGGGAACACCCGCCGCGUGUGCAUCGCUCCUGGCCGGUGCGUCCAACGGCGAAGUACUUGUGGCCGGCAACGUGCCGGGACUUGUGGCCAAGGCACUGCCACGGAUCACAUUCCGCGAGCAGCAGCGAGUAAUCCAGGCCUCGACCGGGCGCGUGAUGGCAAAUAGCGAUGCGACCAGCGUGGCUGCCAACGAUGCGAUUGCCAUGUUCGCGGCUACGGGAACACUCAAGCGGUACCGGACGUCGCUCGGCGGACCGGUGGCAGGGCGGUCGAGCUCACUGACGGCGGUGGCGGUCCGCGGCGGCAAGCCGUACCUCGAGCUCGUUGAGGUUGUGAGCAGGCGGAUGCCGACGCCCAAGUCGGGAGCACCGACAGCCGACGAGGUGCGUGGGGUGGAGAAGAACGUGUGGGGGACGUACGGCUGCAAGGCGGUGUUUGUUGCGGUGGCGCUGUCGAUGCCCGCCGCGUUCCACGGACGUGACCGCGUGCGGGCCCGGUUCCAGGUAAUGGAUAGCGUGAGCGGCGUUGAGGCGGCGGGCGAAGCAAUCGGCGUGCUUGCCGGCGGCGGACCACACUCGCGGAGCGCGGGCCCUGUCUUUGUCUUUGGCGAUGAGAGGGUUGCGCUCCGUUUCGCGGUUGGCGCCGCAGAAGUGCUGCGCCGGGCUUCGAUUCCGUGCGAUGGCCAAGUCGGCUCGGUCGUGGUCAGCUCCGGACGAGUGCUGGAGGUGCCGUCUCCGGUGGAUCCGUCCCUGCGCGAGUGGAUUGGCGAGCCACUGCAGGUUGUGCGCGAGCUUGCAGGCGACUGUGUCGCGCGCAACCGUGUCGGGGUGUGGUUGACACCCGAGGUUGCGGCUGCGUUGAUGCCCGAGGGCGCUUCUGGCGCCGACGGCGUGUUCAUUUCGCUUGUGGCGGCUGAGGGCGGCGAGGCGUCGGGUGUCGAGGUGGUUCGUCUGGAGGCUGGCGAGAAGGUCAUGGUUCUGCAGCGUGAAUUAUCGCUGGUGAGCGUGGUAGCAGAUGCGGACAGUAUGGCCGAGCGCGGUGGAGCGUCUGUGACGCUGGGGCGAACGCCGUCGACUGGGCUGGAGGGCAAUGGUAGUGAUGGCGACGACAGCGACGGUGACGACCACGAGCUCAAGACCGUGCUUGUGCUGGAUAUGACCGGGUUCAUGGAGUAUGAGGAGCGGGCGGCCGGUGGCGUACUGGGCUUUGCGGCGCGCAUCGUGCAGAUGCGGUGGCUGGUGCAGCCGUUGCUGACGUUGUACGGAGCCGAGCUUGUUGUUGCGGACGAGGACAACGUGUUUGCAGUGUUUGGCGAGUCGCAUCGGGCUGUGGCGGCUGCGUUGGAGAUUGUGCGUCUGGUGGCGAUGUUCAACGCGCAAGAGGGCGUGGCGAGCGACCCGAGCCGGAAGGCACAGUUCAAGGGCAUCGGCGUGGCCAGCGGCGAGGCUGUGGUUUACGAUGAGUUCCGGUCCCGGCUUUACGGAAGGGCCGCCGAGGUGGCGUUCCACCUUGCGGAGCGGGUGGCACACAACGGAGCAGUACUGCUCACAGCCGAGGUCCAGAGCGUUGUACAGAGCGCGACCGCGCUUGGCAAGGUCAACUACCUGGCGCAGACGACGGCGUACGACGGUGCAGCGCUCAAGUACUUUGUGGCCAAGGGCGGGCUGCUCAAGUACUCGGGCUCACUGAGCAAGGCGCUUGGAAGCGGGAGCGACGUAGCGGGCUCGUUUGCCGAGUAUGUUGCAGCGCGGAGCAAGGCCGGAUCAAGUGAUGCACGCGCGGGUCUGGAUGCUAGAGCGCGGGCUACGUUUGUGCGACGUGGGUGCGUGCUCGCACUGUCGAUGGACCGGCCAGCGCUUGUGAGCUCCAAGGGCGUGUUUCGGUCGAUUCGUGAGCUGCACGAGGUGUCUGUGGCGCUGGCGGCGAUUGCGAGCAAGGUGGAGGCGGGCGUUCAUCAUGUGGCGCAGUUCCUUUGGCUGUUUGAGAGCCCGGCCAGCGCGGCAAGUGCUGCACUUGCGAUGCACAAGAAGCUGGAUAACGAGUUGUGCUCGGCACAUGGGAUUCGUGUCCGCGGCAUAGGCAUCGACGCAGGUGAGGUCCUGUUGUCUGUGAACGACGGCAUGGCGUGGUCGCGUACGGUGAACGUGGCGCGCAAACUCGCGCGCGAAGCGUGCGCCGGGCUGGACGCUUGUCUGGCGGUGACGCGUGGCGCAUUCGAGGCGGCACGAACGACGUUUGGCGAUGUUGCCCUCGUCGAGGCACCAGUGACGGUUCUCGGGGAGGAGAUGGAGGUUUUCUACCUUCGGAGCGCCCAGGCUUCGGCUGCGGCUGGGAUUGAGUCGGUGGUGAGCGGAAGCAACGACGGGUUUGGCGUUGUAGCUGUGGACCUCGGCCUGCUAUGCGAAGGUGGGAAGCUCGACGUGGCGCAUGCGGUCUCUGUGCUUGCGAUGGCACAGGAGUCUGUGGCGCGGGUGGCGAAUGCGUACCAGACUCGCGCCGACUGGUGUGGAUCGCGGGGCGUGGUGGUUGUGCCCGCGGCCGACGGCGAGCUGUACGACCAGACGUGCGUGGCGGUGGCGUGCGAGAUUGUGCGUGCGCUUGAGGCUGUGAGCGAGCAUGUGAACAAGCCAUCGCUUCUGGUGCGCGGGGCCGGCGUGGGUGCUGUUGUUUCGCCAAACAUGGUGUGGGUCCAUGGCAGCGCUGGCGGCGGGGCUGUAGAGCGCGCGUGGCGACUCGGUCGCCUCGCGUCGCAGACCGGCGGCGGAGUGGCUGUGGAUGCGGCGUUGGCGGCCAUGGUCGAGCGCGAAAGCAAGCUCUCGACAUCCGGGUUUGGCGAGCUUCAGCUGGCGCCGAUGGGCGACGACGCAGUCCGAGUCUCGGGCGUGCUCGACCAGUACCGGGCGGGGCUCCCCGAAGAGGCACUGUUUGCCGGAUAUGCAGGUGAUGUGGGGGCGCUGCGGGAGCUCUCGCUGCGGGAUCUCGCGCUGCUGCGGUACCGCAAGGGCGUCGAUGUCCGGGCGCUCGACCGGGUCAUCCGGGCUGGGUUUGUGGCGUCGGGCGUGAUUGUGGACGCGGUCGCUGCUGUGGGGAGCGACGAUGGUUCAGCCGGGGAGGUCUCGCGACUUCGGGCGUGGGAGGAGGACGUGUUGACGCGGACGCCAUCGCGGAAGGGCGAGCGGCUUGUGGUGAGCGGACCAGGCAAGGCGCUGUGGAUCACUCACACUGAAGAUGCCGGACACGAGCUCCUCGCACGUCUGGAGACACGAGUCUCGAUGUAUGACGGGCACGGCCCGCAGUUUGAUCUCGGUCCGUUUGAGCGUGUAUCGUCGCCGAUUGUGAUGGCAACGAAGCGCGGGGUUGCGGUUGGCGUGUGGCGCGGCUCUGUCGUGGUCGGCGAUGGCCUUUGUCUCGUCCGCGAGCGCUGAAUGAAGACGUGUACUUGUGGAA